AUGCCUACCAUAUAUGCCGAAUUGUACUUCAAGGAAAAAUCUGCUGGAAGCAAUCCAAACUGUGUCAGCAAAACAUACACAGGGCCGAAUGGCGAGUUGAAGGCUACGGCGAAGUGCACGCAGAUUGAUAUCGCACACUUUGCAAAGGAUAUCAAGAUUCUACUCGAGAACAAUGCAAAGGUAAACAACGAUUUUCCUGAUGCCACCAUUGAAGUCUACUUCCUUUGGCUCUUUGCUCGACGCCUGGUGAGAGAACAAAACCCAAGCACAAGGAAGCAAGAGUUUGACGUUCUUCCGAUUGGAAGCGCCAUCGCAGGGAUUUUGAAAUGUCUGAGCUUGGGCAAACCAGAGACUGGCAGAUUUGAAGAUGAUUUUCUCCUCAGGGAGAAAUUCCACGUUUUCACGGGGACAAGAAAAGAUAGAGGAAAAGCAAUCGACGAAAUCAACAAGCCUUUUCCUGAAAUCUUCAAGAGAGAGAGUACGGGGGAGUAUGGUACAGAGAUCACGUAUCACCUAUGGGAGCGUGUAGAAACUUUCUGCUCCGAAAAAUCACGAGAAGCCAUCCUAGUAAAACAAUUACAGGACCUGAUGAACGAGAAUGAGGAACAUACAUGGAUUGAGGCUUUAUUCGACGCAGAAUCUUCUUCAUCAGAAGACCACUUUGCGAAGGACUCCCAGAAGUGAGAAAUAACAUUUCACUGAUGUUUAUUUAGUUAAGCAAAGACAAUAAGUUUUUAUGUCUCCACGGAUCAAAGCCUUCGAUGAGUAACCGCUAGGAUAAAUAUUUCGCAUUUGUUUUUAUUUAAUCAAACGGGUGGGAGGUUGAGAGAAAAUAUUUUUUUAGAUUACGGCGCACGUCUACAGCAGGAUAUUGUAAUUAAACUUGCGAAAAUCUCAUACGUCUUGAGAA